AUUUAUGGAAAGAAAGAGCUUCAGAAUCAGAAAGACAUCAUCAAGAGGCUAUAUGUCCCAAAGAUCAUCUACAAAAAACGCAGAACCCGCUUCUGCUCAACCAAAACUAAUAGGGCAUCAUCGUCACCUAUCAAUCCCAUCAGAGCUAAAACUACAAAAUCCUCAAUCCCCAAAAAGCAGCACUCAGCCGCCAAAAAACCCUCUAUUCCUCCAUCCUGGCUUAUCCCCAGCAGCCACUGCACGAAUUUUGGCGAACAAGGAUUCCAGCCCAGAAAUUCGAAAAAAAUACUUAUGAACCUAACUUAGCGACCCAGCGAGACCCUCAAAUCACCAAUAUGAUGCUCAAAACAUCAGAUUUAUAGGCUCUAAACAGUCAUUCAGGACGCAUCAGAGCGGAAGGUCGAUAAGCGGGUCAGGUCAGUGGAUUCGAGAGUCGAGGCAUAAAGCCAUAUCGUUCAAGCAUAAUAUAAAAGAUCUCAGAAAAUAAGAUCCUUACUUUUAACAGAGUCGAGCUUAAAGGAUUCAGAGAUUACCAAGAAUUCAAUGAGAAAGUCGACAAAAUGGUUGAAGAAGCGAUAAAAAAUAAGAAACAAAGAGAUAUUAAGAGAGGCAAAAUAACCCUAUCUGUGGUAAAACAUGCUAAAACUGAGAGAAGAGGCAAAGGGAGUAAAAUCAAUGAGGUCAGGAAUUUGAAGAAAAGACUAACUAAGACUAUUAUGAGGUAGAUUUAGGAGGGUAGGAAGUAUCAUGAUAAAAACCUUAGUAUG